AUGUCGUCCGUUCCCUCCACCGACGCCGAGUGGGCGGCAUUGAUCUCCAACGUGCGCGAGAAGGUCCCCGAGAGAUGUUUAUCCCAGCCAGCUAUUCCAUUACAAGUCCAUCGCAUGAUCGAUCACACCCUUCUUAAAAAGCCCAUCGAACCUGAUCAGAUCGAUACUCUAUGCCAGGAAGCCAUCGACCAUGACUUCGCCACGGUCUGCGUGUGGCCCGAAUACGUCAACCGCGCCGCAACCUAUCUCCGCAACGCCCCCAAUACUGGCAUCGCUUGCGUCGUGAGCUUCCCAGAAGGCACUAAUGAUACCGCCGACAAGGUACAAGAGGCCAAAGAGGCCAUUUCACAGGGAGCGACCGAGCUGGACAUGGUCAUCAAUUGGCCCAUGCUGAAGAACGGCGGGUAUACUUCGGUCUUUGACGACAUUUUGGCAGUACGCAGGGCAGCCCCUUCGCCGACCAUCAUCAAGUGUAUCUUGGAAGCCUCUCAGCUUACGAAAGAUGAGCUGAUCGCCGGAACCAUCAUCUGUUGCAUCGCCGAGGUGGAGUUUGUGAAGACCAGCACAGGAUUCAAAGGGGGCGCCGAUGUGAACCAAGUCAAUGUCAUGCGACUCACUGCAAAGGCCUCAGUGGACUGCAUGCGCAUGAUCAAAUCCGGCGCCACGCGUAUUGGCACCAGUGCAGGUGUUCAGAUCGCGAAGGCUUUGGACGAGGGCGAAAUUCUUGAGCAAGGAGCAAGUCACUCCGUCACCUAG